AUGGUGUGCCUAGCAUCCUUCAAGUAUGUGUGCGAGAAGCCGCUCACCCUAAUGGGGUGCAGCAUCCUCCUCAGCUUGGUCGUGCCGAUCGUGGCGAGGCUCGCAGGGAACAAUGACCCUGAUGAGAACUCGAUUUCCCACGUCUUUGGGCAAGGGUCCAUUUGUGUGGCCAUGGAUUUCCCGGGUUGGGCGGAGGCUGCCACAGUCAUGUUCUUCAUCACGGGCCUCAUGCACGGCUAUGCCAUUUUCAAGUUGUCUCGCCACUGCCAGAGCGAAUGGCAAGGGAAGUGGAGCAAGAGGGGCCUCCUGGCUGUCGCGGCCUUUGUAACUUUCACCACGAACUGCUUCUGGCUGGUGGGCGUCUUUAACCCCGUCCUUAGCCACAGCGUGGACACCGUCUUCGCGCACAGCAUUCCAUACGUUGGCCUCCAGAUCGGCUUCUGGUGUUGGGCCAUCUUCCUCAUGGCCUUCGUGCGCCCAGAAGAGGUGAGCAAAUGCCGCAUGGUGUCCUGGUACGUCUUCGGCGGGCUCUACGUGGGUUUGCAGGUUUUUCUGCUCGUGAUGAUUUUUUGGACCUUCGCCGAGCUGUCCCAGCCCGGUGUCCAGCUGACUGGGGCUGACCGCUACAAAGGCCCGAUGCCUCGGGGUGCCAGCUGGAUUCCACUGUCAGAGCCGGUGACCCUCCUCUGUCGCCUCUGCUUCUUCUUCCUGCAUCCGCUGCGCGUGGAGUCGAAGGGCGAGGAAAAGGGCGAAAAGGUUGAGAAGGACGGGAAAGAAGCUUCGGAGCUGCAGCCAUGA